ACUGAUAAUAAAUUUCUGACUAUGUAUUACGUUAAAGAAAAGUGAUUAUUCUUAAAAUUAAUUUGCUGUUUUAUAAGAAAUUGUAUGUAGAAUAGAAUUACUCAAUAUAGCAUUUAUGAGACGCAGCAAUAGCGAAUAUUAUUAUCAUCAGUUUUGUGUAGAUAUGUAUCAUAAAAAAGAAAGUUUAAUUUUUAUCUUUUGAUAAUGUAACAGUAUAAUAUACAGUACUAGUCGUUAGCCCGUGGAAAAUCCACGGGUUCGCCCGUCCUUUUUGUACCGCAUUGCGUGCUUCUCGCUAUUGCGCAGCUAAGCUACCAUUUUGCGUGACGAACGGACGGACAGACGUAUACGGGCAUUAUAAUAUAGAUAUAGACAAUAAGAUAUUUUGAUGUACAUACUACAAAGCAUCGAUUAAACAUCUCUGUUAUUCAUUAAAUUUCCAUGCGAAAAAUUUUCAAUUUUUUUUUUAAUUCCAUGGAUGCUUUUCAAGGGAAUACGUGUGUUUAUUUAAUUAAACAUUUCAGUUAAGGGUGAACUAGUAGAAUUAUUAUGGUAAUAUUGUCUGACAGUACAUUGUAUAUGUAUACACAAAUGCAUGUUUAUUUUAUUUGCAGUAAAGACUAGACUGACAAGACUGCAGCAAGAAUCAUCUUUCACCCAUUACCUUUAUUUCAAAAGACCAAUAGGUCAAAAUCAUUUAACUUUGUGCAACAUCCAAGGACAAUGUCAACAGUAAAGAAAAUAUUCGUUUGGAAGAAACUAAUUAAACCAGCCAUGGAUAUAUUACACGAUUCUGGAUAUGAAAUUAAGAUUUGGCAAGGUGAAAAUGAUCCCACGGAAGAAGAAUUGAUACAAAACGUGAAAGACAUCCAUGGAAUUUAUUCUUUUGGUCCACAGAAAAUAACAAAAUGUGUUAUAGAUGCAGCUAAGCAACUCGAAGUUGUCAGUGCCAUGUCAGUUGGUGUGGAUUCAAUCGAUAUUGGCGAGUUGAAGGCAAGAAAUAUAAAACUUGGUCAUACACCUGAUGUGCUCACUGAUGCAGUGGCUGACAUUGCUGUUUCUUUGGUUUUGACAGUUUCUCGUAGAAUCAUUGAAAUGGCAGACACAGCCAAAUUUGGUGAAUGGAAGACCUGGUGUCCAUUUUCAAAUCUUGGUACGGGUCUUCGAGGCAGCACUGUUGGUAUCGUUGGCUUGGGUAGGAUAGGAACUGCAACAGCUAAACGAUUGGUUCCGUUUGGUGUUUCUCGAUUUGUUUAUACUUGCAGAUCUGAAAAACAAGAAGCUGCUAGGACGAUCAAUGCUUCUUAUGUUUCAUUUGAUGAUUUACUGUCACAAUCGGAUUUUGUGAUUGUUUGUUGUUCAAUGAAUCCCACAACACAAGAACUGUUUGAUAAAGACGCCUUCUCCAAGAUGAAAUCAAACUCAAUUUUAGUCAACAUUGGAAGAGGUGGUAUGGUCAACCAAGACGCUCUUGUUGAUGCUCUUACUGAAAAAAAAAUCAAGGGUGCUGGCCUCGACGUAACAACACCUGAACCACUGCCAGUUGAGCAUCCACUAUUCAAACUUAAGAACUGUGUGAUCUUACCUCACAUUGGUAGUGCAGAAGAACAAACAAGAACUGACAUGACAGUAUUAGCUGCAAGAAAUCUCUCAUCGUCUUCCUCCAUCACUUCCGGUUUUGGUGGUACUCCCAGAAGUUCGUACUUCUCAAGAUUUAACUUUUUCCGUUCCUUACGAAGAGGUCUACCAAGUCUAUCAGCUUCUGGUCCUACAAGAUUACCUACCAAAAAAAGAACAACUAAAGUUUAAAUAAAAACCUUCAACAUUUAACUUCCCAUCGGACAAAGUUACAGUAACUUAUGAUCAAUAUAUGCACUAGAAUUCAGUUUGUAGUAUUGAUUUGUGAUCGAUAAUAAAGUACAACUAAUUUAAAGGUAAGCUUUUUAACUUUGAACCUUUCUACAGAAGAACGUGAAAGUCCGAAUGAUUGUUUUUUUGAAAUCGCUACAAAUUUGUAUGUACGAUAACUCUCAGAUUGGUGUAUUACGAUUUACUACGGUGUUGUUCUCUAACUUCGGGGAUAUCCUAGAAAUUUCUCUUGGUAAAUGUCCCACUGUUGUUUCAGAAUCGCACUGUUCGGUUUUUAUAGCAAACAGAUCAAAUGCGUUGUCUUGUUCAUAAUAGCAAUUAAGUGUUUCUUCUUCUCUUGGGAACCAUAAUCUCUGAUAAAGCAGCUUAAUGAUGUGGUCAAAAUUGAUGAAGUAGAUGUUAAGCUGCGUUUAACUACUCUCAAACCCUUACAUGCUCAAUGGGUUGUCGACUUUUAUGAUGAGAUGACUACCAGCAAAGGAAAAAGUAUCAUUGAAAGUGGAUGGAGAGCAGCGGGAAUUACUGAUGCGAUUCAGCUGGGUAGCAAGAAUCUCCCUCGAAUCGACCCAUUUCAAGAGAUCGACCCGUUAUGUGAAAGCAGUCCAGUGGAGAACCAGCAGCUUCAAUCGGUUUGUGGUUUGACCUUGGAAGAAAAGCAGAUUGGAUACUCUGAAAGAGCCGACGACGACGAAAAUGACGAUAGCGGUGAAGACGACGAAGAUGAGGAUUGUGAUUUUGUGUGGGAAAGAUCUGCUUUUGACGCUUUUGAAAGCAUGGAAGAUGAACAAUGACACUGUUAGAACAAAUAUUUUUGUUACUCGUUAAUACGAAAAGCUUUACCCUGUAAAACUUGUUUAUAUAUAGUUUAUUUUGUGUUUUGAAAAAGUGCAAAC